CACAGAUAAAAAAAACUAAGUACAGAUUCAAAUUCUACUCAUUGAAAGGAUGAAAAUACAUAUAAAGAACUCACAAUUUGGAGCUAAAAUGAGAAAGAUAUGAAAGAUUGAAGUUGAAGGUGCAACAAUGGUGGAAAUCCGAGCUUUGAGGAGGAAGAAGACGCCCUUUUUGAUCUGAUUUGGGCUUGAAAAUUGGUGUGUUUGGGUUGAGGAAAAAGCCUGGUUUUUAUAGCAGAAAAAAUCCCGAAGGCGCCCAAGCAGGCGGCCGCCUUCCGUCGACAUCUGGCCGCCUGCCGUCUUCUCGCCGGCAACGCAUCGUGGGCCGGUCUCUGUCAGCCGUAGGCGGCCACAGAGGGCGGCCGCCUUCCAUCAAAACUGGCCGCCUGCCGUCUUUUCGUCGGCAAAUCGGAUCGCGGCGGGUCCCGGCGGAUCCCGGCCGCCGCAGGCGGUCCAGCAGGCGGCCGCCUGCCGUUCCUGUCUGGCCGCCUGCCGUCAAAUCCCACCGGCCGGCGGUUGGUUCGUCGUCUUCUGCCGCAGGCGGUCACCGUAGGCGGCCGCCUUCCGUCCAGUGUCGGCGGCCUACGGUCUUUUCCGAAUCCGGUCAAAGUCAAGGGUUGACUUUCCAAAAAUACCGUAGGCGGCCGCGAAGGCCUUCAUUUUGGCCGCCUGCCCGGCCGCCUGUGAGAUUAUUUGUCCGGCUUGUUCCUUAUUUUGUGCUCUUCAAUAUUGUCUUCUGGACCACCUUGAAAUAAUGUUUCCUUCUUUCGGUAUGAUAUCAUUUGUUGCUCAAAUUGGCUCAUUUUGUGCUCAAUUGACCCGAAAUUCCGACAAACAUACGAUGAAUGUGGUUUUCACCUGAUUUCAUGAAACUUGAACCAAAAUAUCUAAAACAUGCCUUUUCUUUCUAUUUUCAAUCAAAAAUCGCUUAAAUUUGAUAAGAAAAAUAAGUACAAAAAUGGACUUAUCACACCACAAAGUGGUGCAGCCCCUCAUGUCCAUCCACCGCUCAGUAGUGGGGCUCUGCACUGCCGUAGUGAACUGUGGGGGGUGCCCCACAGGAAUCUACCUUGACUUGGGGACUACAGAGUAAUGGGUUAAAUAGAGGGUGUCCACUUCCUUAUCACCAAUUGGUUUUAAGAAAGAUAUGGCUGCUAUUUAACCACAGAACUCUGGAGUUAAGCGAGCCCGGGGUAAGAAAGCCCAAGGAUGGGUGACCCACUGGGAAGUUUGUCGACAAGGGGUGAAUCGAUCCAACAAGUGGUAUCAGAGCGAGGUCACAGGUGAAUCUCUCGGCUGGUGCUGGGGGGUGAUUGUUGGUCUUAUGGGAGAUCAGCACCACCCUUUGAUUCAGGGCUUAACCGCCCAACCUGUUGGCACCACAAAGUGGUGCAGCCCCUCAUGUCCAUCCACCGCUCAGUAGUGGGGCUCUGCACUGCUGUAGUGAACUGUGGGGGGUGCCCCACAGGAAUCUACCUUGACUUGGGGACUACAGAGUAAUGGGUUAAAUAGAGGGUGUCCACUUCCUUAUCACCAAUUGGUUUUAAGAAAGAUAUGGCUGCUAUUUAACCACAGAACUCUGGAGUUAAGCGAGCCCGGGAUAAGAAAGCCCAAGGAUGGGUGACCCACUGGGAAGUUUGUCGACAAGGGGUGAAUCGAUCCAACAAGGGUUAAAUAGACCCUCAUACAAUCGCACAUUGAUCACAUAAACCCAUGUACUAAAAAAACCAUCGUAUAAACCCGUUUACUUUUAAAAACGGUCAAUUUAGUCAAUUUAUGAGUUUCUAUAGUAGGUUACUAGGUUAGAACCGUUUUUUUUACUUUUGGUUUAUUUUUCAACUUUUUUCCUUUCUUUUGAUCCACUCCCUUGUUCGAAUGACCCACACCUCUUUGUCAAUUAUCUCUUUGUCAAUUAUGCUUAUCAGCUUCUUACUUUUUUUAUGUUUCUUCGGAUUAUCCCGUUCAUUUUUCUUUGGAAAAAGGUGCAAAUAGGCCCAUGUACUAAUAAAAAAAGGUCAAAUAAGCCCUUAUUUAGGAGGCUCUGUCCGGCCGUCGCGAUUUGGGCUGGUUCCCGGUUGAAUUUUUUGAUGAAAUUUUUUGAGCAUCUUAUUCAUGAAGUCUAGUUUACUCAUACCAAAUUUCAGCUAAAACUUCAAUCGGGAAGGCAUUCAAAUGAAUUCUUGAAAAUAACUGCGCUUCUAACUGUGCAGUUAUUUUCAAGAAUAUAUUUGAAUGCCUUCCCGAUUGAAGUUUUAGCUGAAAUUUGGUAUGAGUAAACUAGACUUGAUAAAUAAGAUGCUCAAAAAAUUUCAUCAAAAAAUUCCACCGGGAACCACCCGAAAUGACGACGGCCGGACAGAGCCUUCUAAAUAAAGGCUUAUUUGACCCUUUUUUGGUUAGUACAUGGGCCUAUUUGUACCUUUUCCCUUUUUUCUUUUAACCCAUUCUUUUUGUAAAUUGGAAGCAUAAAAUUUCUAAGGCCGGAAACUGCUCACGUCAAUUACUGCACCAAUGAAGGAGAACCUUUCCAUCGAUCGUCCUCUUGAAGAUCUCCCAAGUCCAAACCCAUCCACGGCAACCCAGAAAAAGAAGCGCCAGUGGAUUCCCCCUCUCCGGCCGACCGGCCAUGGAUGUGCUUCGAAGGAUUACCUGUUGUGUUGGUCUCCAUCCGGUCUCCCCUGAAAUUUAGUAGUGGAAGAGCAACAGAUCUUCAGCGUCUCCUUCCCGUCUAUUUGAUUUAGCCAGGCUGGAGGAAAACAACAGUAACGUCUAUUUGAUUUAGCCAGGCUGGAGGAAAACAACAGUAACGUCAUUAUAUAUACAGAGUAAUCCGAGGGAACUGGGAAUCCGAUGAGUUCUGGGAAAUGCAAACCCAUUGUUUUUUAAGCAAAUGGAAAAAUGUUUGUCCUUGGACAGUCCAAAUAUAUAUAGAGAGAGAUUGAUGAAAGAAAAAAUUGCAGGAAUGUGCCGUUAGAAUAGAAGACGGAGGAGGGCUGGGACUUCAGAGUUGACGAGAAAGGAGGAGAAACUCAAAACGAAUGGAGAAAAAUAAAGAGAAAGAACAAAAAGGGAAAAAUAAACAGUAGAAAAUAGUCAACCUUCCAUUAACCGGUUGGGAAGGUUACUUCCCGAGUUCCCGGUGAAGUUGUCACCAAAGGGCACUCAUGCCCUUCAACUUUAUUUUUGGGCAAAAAGCUUCAAAAUAUAUGAAAGAAGAGCAAUUAUACCCUUGGCUUAACGGUUCACAUGCAACUGCCGUUAAAGUUGCUCCUUGGCUACUGGUACUCCGGAUAGCAAAUAUGAAGUGCUCGUUUGAACAGUGCUUUUUCACAAUUACAAUAAUAAAUCACUUAGUAAUCAACUUAUUAAGGAUUAAGUGCUCGUUUGUUUUUUUUAUUUUCGGCUUAUCUGAUUUGUCAGAUACCUUUGUCACUAAAGACGCAACUUUUAAUUGUGUAAUAAUAAAAAAAUUGAGAUUGAAGUAACUUUUUUGUUUAAUUGGUUGAAAUUACCCUAGAGGAUCACUUCAGUUAUUUUUCAUAUAAUUAAUUUUUUCUUUUUAUUAACAAAAUAUAUUUUGAAUGUAGUUUUUCAUCAAUUAGCAUAAUGAGCUAAUAUGUGUAUAUUACCAAAUAGACUCUAAAAGUCACUUGAAUAGAAUCAAAUGCGCGAAUAAAGAAGUAUA